CGUUCGCGUAGCCGAAUUCCGAGUUCCGUUCGGCAGAAUUAUCUCACUACUUUAAUUCGCGUCGCGCGUCCUUUUUCGCUCAAAUUUCGACUCGUGGAAGUCUGACGGUCGCCCGACGAUCACCGGUGUGAGUGAGUUCUGUCAGAAAACGGUGCAAAUUUGACGUUUCCGCGCGAGCUUGACUUGGCCUACUAGCGUCGCGGCCUCCAGAGUUUGACAAUCGAAGUUGGGCGAACCGGGUUGUUGAAAAACACUGAUUAACACUCAAAAAAAGUUCACAAAAGACGGAAAUAUUUCGACUUUCGACCUCAAAUCGGUGGGCAAAGUUUUUGCGCGACCCGACUCACUCACUGACAGUGCGUUUGGGUGGUAUUUUUAACAAGCCUCGCGCGCGCACACAGCUUCGUCGCGUUCAAGAAGUUUGUGGGCCGAUUCAGAGAGAGAGAGAGCGAGAGGCAAGUGGGAGUGGGUGCGAGAGGCGCGGGCGACCCUCAUCGAAGCAGCGCGACGCGUUCUGUGUGUGUGUGUGUGCGGUGUGGUGACAAGUGAACGCAGCACGAUCGCAGAAAGAGAGCAAAGAAGGGAGAGGAGAUCGCCGAAGAGAGAGAAACGAGUGAUCGAUCAAGUGAUCGCCUUUUGCUGGUGUGAGUGAGAGGUGGGCGACAGCAUAAAAGAAGGGUGAGAGAGAGGAAGGAGAGAAAGAAAGAAAGAAAAGGGAAGAAAAGUGCUGUCUCAGUGAUUUUUUUUUCGUCGUUUGUCGCUCACGAUCGCGGAAUGUUUGUAUUUUUCUUCCGAAUCGGAAAGUAUUAAAUCACCCACACGGGGGUUGUGUUUGAUUUUUGAGAGUUUGUGUGUGGGAAUGUGUCACGGUUUGGUUCGGUGCAAAGUGAAUCAAAAGUAGCGGCGGCUGAAAAAGCGGUCAAGAGGUUUAUGAGUUUGACAAGAAGGUACACAAACACAAAGAUCGCGGAACAGCGGGAGAGAAGAGACAUUGGAGAUUUAGGAAAUUCUUCGCAGAUACAAAAAGGGACUGAGAGAAUACGCUGAAAAGAUCCCGCCAGCCAACAAACAAAAAUGUUAGUCACCGCUCCGCGCUGUCACACGUUGGAAAGAUGAUCUACCGGUAGUCACCGCCGACUGAACGCUGAAAAGUCAACGUUCGCCAACGUAGACAUAGAAAAUAAGUUAAAACCUCCUCCUCCAGAAUGUUCGCGACCGCCACCAGUAUCGACAGCCGGCUCACCGUUGGACCCGCAGGGUCGGAAGUCACCCCAGCCGAAAUGUGCCCUCACAGUCCUGCCUGCCAGCCCGACCCGGCAUCCCGCCGGACACGACACAACUUUCUGCGGCGGUUGAUGCCCAGCAGGUUGGGCAGUUUAGUGGGCCGUCGACCUGCGCACACGACGACGAGUCGGAGUUGUCUGCUUCAGACUGCCGUUGUGGCCGCCGUGCUGGUGAUAGCGUGUAGUGUUGUCGUUCAGGCCAGGCCGCACCCUUCUUCGCAUCAUUCUUCCGGCUCCGGAGCGAGCAGUACAAAAAAUCUGGGCGUGUACAUAACGCGAUCGCCGGAGUCAACGACGGCACCGGCCGGCGACGAGGUGCUCUUUGAGUGCGAACUCAACCUGAUUCCCGAGCGGCUCGAGUGGCGGUUUCGGCCGCAGGACUCGGCGGGGAAUCGGGACGACUAUGUGUAUCUGAGUAGGGAGCAUGGGCACAACGUGACGACCGUUGAGAGCAACUCCAAGCUGCACGUGUACGUGAAUGCGAAAACGAUUGGGGAGUAUCGGUGCGUGGCGUGGUUCGGGGCGUCGGCGAUCGCUUCCGUGCCGGCCACGUUGACCCUGGCGACGCUCAGUCCGGUCGCCGGAAACAGUAUUAGCAGUAACAGCAACGGGUAUGGCGGUGGCAACUAUGGACGGGGUGGUGGCAGCAGUGGCUUGGGGGAUGUCCACAGUGGACGGACGGACCGGGUGCCGAUCAUGAUGAGGAGGGUGUUGUCGCCGAUUCAGCAGCAGCACGUGAAGAUUUCGCCGGGCAACAGUAUUAUUAUCAAGUGCGGGGACGUUGUUUCCAACCCGCCGGCCAUCUACAGCUAUUACAAGGACGAAAUCGCCAUCCCGGCCAAUAUUCCGCAGCUCCCGACGGGCGGACUCAUUCUGUCCCAGCUCACCCCACAAGACUCGGGCACGUACCGCUGUUCGGCGGUCAACUCGAUCACCGGCACAGAGCUCAAACUUCCACUGAAGACCACAAUCCAGGUCGAAUACACGCCACGGUCAGCCCCGUUCACCUUCAGCAAUCCGUCGAACGUCUCCGUAACACCCGGAUCUUCGGCCCUGCUCGAAUGCCCGGGAGUGGCCAACCCCGUCCCACAGGCCACCUGGUAUCGACGGGACGGCGCACCCAUCAGCGGCAACUCGCAGCAGCAUCCGUACGGUCUUCAAAUCAACAACGUCAUCCCGGAAGAUCAGGGCGAGUACAUCUGCCGGGUGGCCAACGGCAUCGAACCCGCUCUGAUGCACACCGUCAAGCUGACCGUCCUCGAACCUCCCCGAAUCGUCGUCCCUCCACGACCCACACUCACCAACGAAAGCGAACGCCUUGAACUCGAGUGCCGAGCGCGAGGAUCGCCCACCCCGGAGAUCUACUGGAUGAUCAACGGUGACUACACCAAGUGGGACCAACUCAUCAAGGCCAACGGCUCCAAACUGGUCAUCAACUCCGUACAAAAGAAGCACGCCGGAAUCGUGCAAUGCUUCGCCCGCAACGAACUCGGCGAAGUCAGCGAAAGUGACCUACUCCAGGUCAAACCCAAACAAAUCCCCGGAGGAAUGGGACCACCCCCUCUACUACCCCCACUCCCGAAACCCCACGAAGGAACCGGCAGCAAACGCCCCAAAGGAACCAAAAACAGAAAACACAAACACCUGGUCAUGAUCCCGCCAUCCCGGCCCAACAUCACCCGCCUCUCGGACGAGUCCGUGAUGGUGCGCUGGUCGGUCCCGUCCAGCGAUGGACUGCCGAUCCAGUUCUUCAAGGUGCAGUACCGCAUGCUCGGCGACCCCACCCGCAACAUCACCCGCACCCAGUGGAUGACCGAGAACGAGGACAUUCCGCCGUACACGCGCUCGUACGAGGUCAACGGGCUCAAGUCGGACCACUUUUACCGCUUCCGGAUCGUGGCGGUUUACUCGAACAACGACAACAAGGAGGGAGCGGCGUCGGGGAAGUUCCACCUGCAGCGGCUUGGGCCGAAGAACCACCUGCUGGCACCGACGCUGACCCGGAUCGAACCGGUUUCGCAGCACGCCAUUCUGCUUCACUGGCAGUUCCCGCACCACCUGCCACAUCCGAUCGAUGGGUUCUACGCGUACUACCGGGCCGCGACGACCGCCGGCGAGUACUCCAAGGCAACGGUGGACACGCCGACGGUGCGGCACUUCAAGAUUGACCACCUGGAACCGGGCACGGCGUACGAGUUCAAGCUGCAGUCCUUUACGGCGGCCGCCGCUUCCGAUUUCAGUGCGAUUCUGACGGGGAAGACGCUGAAACCGCCGACGCCUCCGCCGGUUGUUCCGUCGGUGGUGGCCGCUUCCGAAGCGGAGAACGGAACCGGCGAAGUGCCCAACUACGUGUACAUGGGCGUCGGAGGUUUCGUGCUGAUCGUAGCUGGGAUCAUCCUGCUGUGCUGCUGCUGCGUAGCUUGCAAGAAGAAGCGUGGAGGCGGUGACGAAACCGACGCCAAGUCGCAGCACAUCCAGGUGGAGGCAAAUGGAUUCCCCGGGGGGCUCAGCAAUGGAGGUCCGCGGUCGCACCACCACAAGGCGCGGAACGGCAUCAGUGCCCGGAUGAACAUUACGCCGAAUCCGCUGGCACAGGACGGAGAUAAGAAUCGUAAUGUGAUGGAGCUGCGCUUUCUGCCGCCGAAGACGACAACCUCCCCAUCCGGCGGAACCGGUGGCACGGACAGCACAACGACCAGUGGUGGCGGUGGUGGCGGUACCAUUCUGACCAACAACAACCAGGGACCAUGUUCUUACCCCUCUAUUAAUCAUCACAACCCUCAUCCGCAUCCACUUCCGACGGCGCCCGUCCAACAUCAGCAACAGAACCAGAACCACGUCCAGCAUGGCGCGCCGGCCCAAACCGUCGGAGUUCCGCUGGCGGCAACCGGAGCGCUUGGCCAGGAGCACCUGAUGCUGGCGUCGAUGCCGCACCGGCGAACCCUCGAACGGAGCAUGCGCAAUCUGCACCACAACGGUGGCCUGGACGCCCAGCAGAAGAUGAUGCUGGACGGGGACUGCGGCGUGACGACCACGGUCGGGGCCGGAGUCGGAAUCGUGCUGCCGGCGGCGCGGAACAACUCGUCGAUCCGGCGGGGACGGCGCGGGUCCGGAUCGGUGCCCGGAAGUCCGCGGGUGGGUCGCGGCCCCAGUGCGGAGCUGCUGCAGCACAACCGGUCACCGAUGCCGAUCCGGGCUGCGGCCAGUGGGGUGAAGCGGGCCGCGCGACUCGGCCGGGCCGAGAAUAUGUCCUCGGGCAGUUUGAACAGUAUUGAGGUGUGAGGUGGGAGGGUUGCGAGUUACGACUUGGGCUGGGGAUAGCUGGGUGGGUCAGUUUGGGCAAGAUGGUGCGAGAAGUGUCACAUUGUGA